UGGGAGAGGAGGGGUGUUCUCGAAUCGUCCGUGGUGAGUCGCACUCGGUUCUGCCGUCCAGGUACUCCUGCAUCUGACACAGCCCAUGCGAACCGGCGUUGCGCACGCCGCCUCUCGCUAUGGCCGUCGCCCCGGUGUGCAUACCGCACCCCUGCACAGCCGCUGCUCCGGGUCGCGUACUGCGUACGGUCUCGCGUUCGCCUCUGCGCACCGCCCCAUGCUCGGUCCUGGCCUCCUUGCUCGCCACCCAUCGCACGUCCAUUCUACCCAUAUCAUGCACUCCUGCCGUCAUCGCGCUGUCCACUGGCUUUUCUCGAUCCUCGCCGGCUGCGUCCCGGUUACCAUCGCUAGAUCGCCGUUCAUCACGUCACCGCGCGCUUGAGAAACAUCCUCUGCGCUCGUCCCGCAUUCGCCUUCGCACGUUGCUCCAGAUACGCCGUUCGCCGUCGCCUGUGCAUCGAUAUCACCGACCUCGUGCGCUGCCCAACACGUCGCUGCGUUCACCCGCACUCCUUGAACGUCACCGGCUCCUUCCACGUCCCCAUCGCUCAUCUGAAUUCCCGCGAGCGCGCUGUACCCGGGAGGGAGUUCCUCUGAGUCGAUCUCGCGGAGCAGCUGCACAGGAUCAUCCUGCGUCGUCCCGGCCUCAGUGCCUCGGGAGCUGUGUCUCGCGUCGCACCAGAGUGUACACACUCACCUUCCAGACACCUUCCCUCUCGUUCGACCACCCCCGCGCGCUCUGCCGACCUCGAGGAUCCGCGCACGAGCCCACGCUCAGCAGACCCCCCUCUGUUCUCGCCGGUACGAACCGGCGCUGAUUGUGCAGGUCUGCCCCAUCCGUCGCCCACGCCCUCGUCCUAUCAGCACGACUCGCGGACGCAGGCAAGACAUGAACCCGUGAUCGGAGGUACG